CCAAGCCGAUCGAGAGGGGACUGGGACGGAGACCAAUGCGGACGGGUGCAGAGACUGAUCACCUCUGAGAACGAUCCUGAGUUAGAUACAGGAACACACAAGCUGGUCCCCGGUGAUUGGGUUCUGGUGAAGAAAUUUGUGCGAAAACACCCUCUUGAACCAAGAUAUGACGGUCCCUUCCAGGUCCUCCUAAUAACAGCUACAUCUGUGAAAGUUGCAGGGAAGAAUACCUGGAUACACGCCUCCCACUGCAAGAAGGUCACCAUACCCAAGGAAACGGAUAAAGAUAAAUCAUGAUCAUAUAUAUCCUUUGUCUGUGUGGGUUGACUGGGGCACAGCAUGCAGCCAUUACUAAGAAAGAUGGGAAGGUCAUUUUUUGGUAUAAUUCAUCUGAUACCCAUAUAGCCACGUUUGACUUCCACCCGUGUAAGAUACUCCCAUGUCCUGAGCAUGACAGCAGGUCAGAACGGUAUGAAAAAGGUGACGGAGAGGGAUAUAUAUGUGUCACUAAAGGGUCAUGGGGAAAAAAUUGUGACAGUUGGGGAGCAGCAGCUUGGAACACAGGGACACCCUGGGGAUAUAACCCUCUGCCAGCCUAUGACAGUAAAGACAGCCAGGGGGAGCCCUUGCUAACCCGUCUUACCCUCACCAAGCCAGGGCCCAGUAUGACACUUGUCCUAAACAUACGGAAUCCGAGCCCAUCCGAUAAGGGAGAGUAUGUGUUGGGGUGGUGGUUCGGAGGUGGUCACUGGGGUCAUAGAGGGUCUUUCCGUCUAGAAGAUAUGUACAACAACAAUGAAUGGCAGCCAAUCAAGAACCUGCCGCCCCCACCAAACCCCUUAAAGCCCCAUGUACAGACCCUGGAGGACAUGGUUGCAAUAGCAGAUCCUACCUUCAAGGAUACAAUGGAGGUUGAGACCGGCCUUUCAGAAAUCAAUCUCUGGCUAGAAUGGAUGAGAUAUAGCGCCAGCAGACAUAAUAAAACCAACUGCUAUGUCUGUGGUAGUGCUAGGCCACAUUUGGGUACAGUCCCAUUAGUUAUACCUAAAAAAGAGGAAGAGUGCUUCCUAAGCCUCUACGCUAACAUUUCCACCAACCAAUUAACAUGUGAGAAAUGGAAAAAGGAAUAUCCCAUAGACACCAGUGCUUCAAUACCUAAGAUAGCUAUCACCUUAUACCCUGGAAACUACACUUGUUAUGCUCACCAUGAAGGGAGGGGUAAAAACCUAGGUAACUUCUCCAAAGGUUACUGUGCUUCUUACAGUCAUGUCCCGGCCAACUUAAUACAGAAUCAAAGUCAAUCCUUGGGGAUGUGUAUUGGAUAUGUGGAGACAUGCAAGUGAGGUCCAGAUUUGAAGGACAAUGGAGGGGAGAAUGUGCCCUUGCAAAGGCCAUCAUGCCUCUGCACAUCCUAACCCUAACGGAAGGUAUUCACAACACACAGGGUAAGAGGACAAAAAGGGAAGCCCUUCCGGGAAGUUUUGACCCUCAUGUGUAUUUAGAUGCCAUUGGAGUUCCGAGGGGGGUCCCUGAUGAAUUCAAGGCCCGAGACCAGGUAAAAGCAGGUUUAGAGGCCCUAAUCCCCAUAAUAACUGUUAGCAAAAAUGUAGACUGG